AUGAUGAUCCAGGACGAAGACUACUUUAUCCCGCCCAAGAGUGGCCGGUACCGCUGGUACAAUGAACCCCGCCAAACCUCCAUCAGGUCGAUAAGGAUGACAGACGACAAUACUGCUUUGAAUGAUUCGAGUCCUUUGUUGCAACUGCCUCGAGAACUGCGCGACGAGAUAUGGGAGCUGGCUUUCAACUCGACGAGGCUGACGUUCGGACUGCGAUACACACCCCGCUAUGGCGAGAGGUAUCUCAAGCCUGCCCCACAUUCCCUCGCGCUAUUGCGCGUAUCCCGCCAGAUUCACAUCGAAACACGCGACAUAUGGCUUCAGCGUGUUACUUUCAAUUUUGAAGACCCUCAGACUAUGCUAAAUAGGCUGUCCGAAUUACCGGAUUCUACUGUAUCCAAGAUCCGCCACCUUCGGUUGAUCGGCUCCCCAAUGAUGCGCUAUCUCAAAGGUUUCGACGACCUCAUGUACCGUCAUGAAUCCAUCUUCCAGUUGCUUCCUGCACUCAGGUUGGACUGCUUGACAGUAUUUGCGGUAGCUGCUGCUGCGCCGGAGUAUGACGCUAUUACGAACCUGAUAAACCGCGGCAACGGAUGGAAAGAGCUUCGCUAUGUUACUCGGAGUUCACGCAUGCUCGGCUUUAGCCCUUCCAGAAGCCACGGAUCUCGCGAAACGGGGGACAUCUGCCGUCAGCCUCAGCCCAGGUUUUGGAACAAGAGAUUAUCAAACAGAGAUGGAGAAGAUUCCGGAUCCGUUGUGCAAGUGUUCAGAGCGACUGAGGAAAAUGACUGCACAUCCGUCCUUGAUACGAACAGGCGGGAGCCUUUUGAACAGAACCCACAAGAGCAUCAGCUUGAAGGAUUUGGCAGGGUUGACGACGAAGAGCUGACCAGGGGGGCUGGCGCCCGAAAAGCAUUACUCGUCUUAGUGAAGCGCGGCGACAAUAUAGACGUUACUCAGAAAUCGCCUGGAUACGGAAAAGAGCGUGACAUGAAAGCGAGGUUUAACAAGAGAAGCUGGAGGCUACGCAAAAAAGUUAUCGUUUGGACACCGUUAGAUGCGGAGAAAGACGACGAUGAUGUUGGUAACGGCUGGGCGAGACCUCAGAUACGGCGCCCCCCGUACGGCUUCGACGAUUACUACGACAUUGAUGACAUAUGA